AUGUCAGUCAGCAUGGAUACCAAGAAACGACCCAUGUCGUCUGCGACUGACGACAACCUAUCAACCACUGAAGGACAGGUCGACAUCACCGAUGCCGCCUACCGCCGCAUGCCAGAUUCCCUUCGGGGUCUUAGUCAAGAUGAAAUGAAGACUUUGAACAAGAAAAUUGUCCGCAAGGUCGAUCUCUUCGUUCUACCAACCAUCGGAAUUCUCUAUAUCCUCAACUAUAUCGAUCGUCAGAACCUGGCUGCAGCCAAGCUCCAAGGAAUCAUGGAAGAUCUCAACAUGGACACUCAACAAUUCGCCACUGCAGUUUCGAUUCUCUUCGUCGGUUACCUUCCUUUCCAGAUUCCAAGCAAUCUCAUUAUUACGAAAAUUUCUCGACCGGGAAUGUACAUUUGUGCUGCUGUCUCUAUCUGGGGUUGUAUAUCGGCUGCAACAGCAGCGGUGAAGUCGUAUGGGCAACUCCUUGCCGUGCGUGCCGUUCUUGGUGCUGCGGAAGCCGUCUUCUUCCCCGGUGCAAUCUAUUACCUCUCGGCUUGGUACACAAAGACAGAACUUGGCAAGCGUAUUGCUGGUCUAUAUAUCGCGCAACAAGUCGGAAAUGCUUUCGGUGGCCUCUUCGCCGCAGCUAUCCUCCAACUAGAUGGCAGACACGGGAUUUCUGGCUGGCAAUGGCUUUUUAUCAUCGAAGGCAGUGCCACAGUUGGCGUUGGUAUCAUUUGCUCCUGUAUCAUGCCCGAGUUUCCACACAACAGCCGUAUUCUUUCCCAGGUGGAACGCGACUUCGCUGUCUGGCGCAUCGAGUCUGAGUCUGGUGCCGCAGAGGCUUCGGAGAAUGAAUCUGUUUUGCGCGGUUUUGGUAAGGCGUUGUCAGAUCCAAAGCUGCUGCUGCUGAUCUUCUGUAACAUGUUGUCCCAAACACAGGGAUCUAUUGCCAACUAUUUCCCUACCCUUGUUGGUUCCUUGAAUUUCAACAGCACCAUCAGUCUUCUGCUCACGGCCCCUCCCUAUAUCCUCGCCGGCAUUGUCUAUUAUUGGGUCAUGUUCUACUCUGAUCGGAAAAAUACUGUUUACCCCUUGAUCCUUAUUUGCAUCGCCAUCGCAAUCGUGAUGUACGUGAUUCUGAUCGCGACUCUCAACACCGGCGCCCGAUACUUCUCAAUGAUGAUUCUACCCUUUGCCUCCGUCGGUCCACAACUCCUCCUCUACAAGACCAUCAACUUGCACCUGGCCCGGCCCGUCUCCAAGCGCGCUGCCGCCUCAGCUCUGGUCAAUGCCAUCGGUGGAACCUCCAACAUCUGGGCUUCCUAUCUAUAUUACUCCUCCCCACACUUCUAUGCUGCCUUUGGCACUCUUAUGGGCGCCGCAUUUCUCUUCGCCAUCACUAUCACCGUCUACCGCUGGCUGGUACUUCGUGAGAAUAAGCGCCUCGACUCAGGAGACGAAGACCUCAUCGCGAAGGCUAUGAAGGGCGGCGUCACAGAAGAGAUGGUCCAGCUCAACUGGCGGUAUGAAAUGUACUAG